AUGGAAAAGAAGUACGAAUGUGCCAAAAAAAAAUUCGCGGAAAAUAUGAAUUGGAACAGCAUAAACGUUCCAGGUCAAGCGGCUGCUCAAGAAUUUGGUACUGGAUUCGGUAUGAGUACAUCAACUUCAGCUGCACAAUUUGGAUUAGAGACAUCCACCGCAUUAACCAGAUUCGGCGCGACCCCAGCUUCGUCAGCACCUACAUUUAACUCAUUCGGAGGGGCAGGCCAUCGAGACGAACGUGACACGGUGAUAGCGAAGUGGAAUUACCUACAGGCAAUGUACGGAACGGGUAAAGCUUACUACAGUCAAAGUGCGGCCCCGAUCGAAAUUACUCCGAAAAAUUAUUUGUGUCGCUUCAAAGCCUUCCGCUAUACUAAACUAUUUGGCAAUGAUAAUCGAAUGGGUCACCUGUCGCUAGUGUUUAGCACGCCGGUGAAUCAGGUGAAGGACAAUCAUUUCAUUUCAGUUUCAAAUUACGAUUGUUUUACAAUACAAAAACAUCUGCGUAGCUCUAGUGUGACGAAGUCAAUUCGAAAGAGCUACGAAAGCUACAAUCAGCAGCAGCUAGUAAAUCAAUUGAAUCAGGUCCUGGGCAACAAGCCAACACUUACAGUAAAAGUGGACCGUAUCGUGCAAGUGACCGACUAUAAAUCAGAGUUGAUGAUUUUCGUGGAAGAGAAGUCACAGACAUCCACUGAAACAAAGAAAAUUUUGGCCACCGAACUCUGCGAUUUCUUGAACCAACCGAUGAUUUCGAAUAAAGUGACCGGUAUGGGUGUGGAUGAGGUGAUUGCUAUGGUCUUGCCCGACGAAGAAACGUUAGUAGAAUAUUUGGACAAUCCACCGGAGGGCAUCAACCCGCGAAUGUGGAAACACGCCAAACAGAACCAUCCUGAUUCCACAAAAUUCAUUCCAGUGUCACGGAAAAAGUGGACGUAA